AUACUUAACUAUUUCUUUGAAACAUGCAGAACUUUUUCUCUCUUUUUUUUUAAAAGUAAAAGAAAACAUAGUAUACAUCAUUUUGCUCGGAAAUCAAAACCCUUGGAUGGUACAUUAUUCAAAUCAGCCACAUGCUGAUCCGAAUUUUACAUCAACAUAGUCAGCAAAAAGUUAGCAAACACUACCAAUUAACAGCUGAUCAACAAUUUUACGAGCUCUCACAUCAUUGUUAAUGUCUGCUUUUCUUGUCGUCUCUCCUAUUGUUUCUGUGGCAUCCCUGAAGAAAUAAUAUCUAGACUUUCUAUAUAUGUAUUUUUAUGAACUUGUCCCAAACACUAAUACUCAUUCUUUUCAUAAUUCUCUUCGUUCUAAUACAUCUCUAAUACACAAAGGGGCGCAAAGAAAAAGGAAAAGAAAAUAACAAUAUAUAAUCCUUCAUUCUAUAGCUCUAGAAUUUACACCAGAGGUGAAUCAAGUGUGAAUCCAGUUGGCCAUGAAGCUGUGAGGUGGAGAGAAAGCAAGGGCGAGCUUACACUUUGCACAAAACUAGAGAGCCAGACAAAUCGGCAACUGUCAUAAAUAGCCCCCUCCCGUUACUCUUCUCAUCACAAGAAGAAGAAGAAAAACACAGCCACUCUGUCUUCUCUAGUUCUCCAUUAUCUCCUUUCCCUUCUUCUGAAACCCAUCUCCUCGUCCCCCCACCCUCUCCCACCUUCUCUCCUACGUCCAUCCAUCUAUCCAUCAUGGCAAUGUAUGGUGGAUCCAACAAGAACUGCUUGUUCAUUCACCACCACCACCACGCCGUUCCCAUUCCCGUUUACAUCCGGUUGUCCUGCGGCGCCACCGACGACUCCCCAGCCAACGCUGCUGCCAUAACCAGCAGCGACCGCACCGGCAGCGGCGGCGGCAUGCUCAACCUCAAAGACCGGCCUGACGACUUCCUGAUGUACAUCUACAAGGUGAAGCGUUGCUCGAAGACCAAGAGCCACGACUGGACCGAGUGCCCCUACGCGCACCGUGGCGAGAAGGCGCGGCGCCGCGACCCCAACAAGUACCCCUACAGCGGCAUCGCCUGCCCGGAGUUCCGGCUGAGAGGGGAGUGCCAGCGGGGCCAGAGCUGCGAGUACGCCCACGGCGUCUUCGAGUUCUGGCUCCACCCCACCCGCUACCGCACCCGGGUGUGCGAGGCCGGCGCUGCCUGCACCCGCCGCAUCUGCUUCUUCGCUCACACCCCCGAGCAGCUGCGCCCGGAGGUGAUCCGCGACUGCUUCCGCUGCGGGAUCGGCCGCUGCGUAGCAAAACCACGCAGGAGAGAGGCCCCGGCGGUGGCUGCUGCUGCUGCUUCUUCUUCUUCUUCUUUCCAAAGUGGUAUGAAUGGAGCAAAUGGAAAUGGUUUACCGGGUGGGGGUGGAGAGUGGCUUGACUUCCCCGACCUUGAUUGGGUUGAGGACUUGCUGACUGAGAAGGGAGAGGGUUGGGGGGGGUUCGGGUGUCAAGUGAUGAAGGAUUUAUGGAAGAGAUGAUGGCAGUGGUGAGGUUGGUGAGUCAAGCUGUGAAAGUUAAUUUGUAUGUAUAUAAAGCUAAGAGACCAGUUGUAAGAUGGAGAACUAGAAUAAGGUCAUGGAUGUGUCAGCUUGCUUCUAGAAAUGUGGGAUAAGGUCCGUUUGACCCCUAUGUCACCUGGAAAGUGAGUACUAGGGGCUGCAGUUUGUGAUGUCUUUGGACUGGGAACUUAUGUAACGAUUAUAUGUUUAUAUUAUAUGCAUGAUCUUUGUUCAUCA